GUACGGUUGAAAUAUAAAAAGCUAAUAAGAAAUAUUUUGUAUUCAUGUUUGAAAUGAGUUUGAAAUAAUACAAGAUGUAGAGUUCUCUUUUUUGCAUUAGCGACUAGUAUUAUAAACGUUUCUGACACGAAUGGACACAUUGACUAUAAAUACACUCAAAUAAAUUCAUGGAGAUUGUAAAAGAUCAAGAAACGGGAGAUUUAUAUAAAAAUGGAGAGAAAUAUCGUAGAUUUAAUGGAGUCAAUGUAAAUGAAGAAAAUGUAGACACAAGUGUGAAUGCUUCAAACUCAGGUAAUAAAGGAAAGUUUUCUUUUCACGCAAAAGGCAAUGAUAUCCCUACCUCGGACAUAUUGAUAUCUUCAAAAUCAAGUGAUAUUCCUACCUCGGACGUGUUGAUAUCCUCAAGAUCAAAUCCACAAUCACCAAAACAAUUAGACGGGGAAGCAUCCGAUUUCAAAUAUUAUGCAAAUGGAGAUAUUGAGUAUGAAGUUGUUUCAUCACAAAAUUCUAUUAAGGAUACUAAAUCUAUUAGAUCGCAAAAGUCACCAGACUUUGAAAAAAGCGUUAAAGAGAUUCAAACGCUAGGAGAUAGUAAUGUCAAAAAUUCAAAAUCAAUUUCUUUGAGCAGUUUACAACAGAUUAAACCACCAUCACGUCCAGUUGUAAAAAAUCACGUUUUAAUCAAUCAGAAUGAAUCCUCUGGCGAGAAAAGGAAAAGCAGUGAAACUGCUAGAAAUGAAGAUAAAACCAGAGCAACAUCACCAGGAAAACAAGGAGUUUCAACUAAAAAGCUACCUCAAAUUAAACCUGGAUAUUCAUUGGAAAAAUCUAAAAAGCAAGAAGCAGCAAGUGCAAUGAAAGUACAGAACAAUUCAAAACGAGGUUUUUCUCCGGACAAAUCAAAUGAUAAAGUUAAACCUGAAAAGGAAAAUGAACAGGAAACAAAUUCCGUAAAAGUGGAUGUGACUGACUUAAAUGAUCAGCAAGGAGCGGAUGAUAAGACACCGCAAAAUAAGCAAUCAACAACAACACGUCUUCCACCAGCAGGUAAAAACAACAGUUUAGUAGGGAAUGGGGAUAUUAGUCGCCACCGCCUUCCACCAGCUAAUAACAACAAAAGUUUAGUAGGAAAACCAAAUGGUGAUGUGACGCACAAUAACAACAUGAAAAACAAUGACAGGAGACAGGAGAAACAUGUGUCUUCGAUACAUAAACCGGAUGUUAUGACAUCUCAAAGUAACAGAAUCCAAACGAGAGGGAAAAAUAGUGAUACAGAAAGAAUGUCCGUUGGAAGUAGAAAUUCAAAUAGAGUCCAUGCAACCAGUGACAGGAAUAAAGUUUCAUCGCCAAGAACUGACACAACAGAAUAUAGAAUUCAAAAUCCAAGGAGUAGCCAAAGAGUUAAUGGACAACCCAUGUCUCCAAAAACAGAAAUGUCAACAAACUCGCGAACUAGUUCUGAGUCCAGAGGAAGGAGUAAAGAAUUUACUUUCCGGUGGAAUGCCCCUUCACGGAAUACUUCACCCGAAGCCACUGACAAAUCAAGUUCACCCCCAUUAAAACAGUAUAAACCUAGUGCUCAAAUUCAAAGCUUUUAUUCUUAUUUAUACGGGCGAUCAAAAAAGCGAAAGAGUGUAUUAGAACCGUCUCCUAAACAAAAACCAAAGGAAAUUUUGAAGAAAAAUACAAAUGAUACUCUUGAAAGAGAGCGACCGCAAUCAUUUGUGUUACUCCGAAGUAAAACGGUUAAAAGAAGUGCUUGGGAUACGGAGCCCGCCGAAUUAACUUAUAAACCAUCGACGAAUGGACCUGAGGAAAUCUCGCAAGCUUAUGUUGGUGAAGAGUCUAUUCGUGAAGCCGAAAUGACAGCUAAACUACAUCAAAUGGAACAAGGUCAGACUAAACCAAAGGAAAACAAUAAAGUUGUUCAAAAACGGUCUAAAAUUCCUCCUUGGUAUGAGAAAGAGUAUGUACUGAAUAGGAGACAAGCCGGUGUAUAUAGAAAUAUGUCCAAUGCGUACGGUAAUGAAUCAAAAAAGCACCGAGAACAGAGGUUCGUUCAGAGACUUGCCGAGUAUGAGGUAUAUAAAGCGAAACAACAGUGGGAAGAAUUGUUAGAAAAAGACCGAAGAAAACGAGAAACGAAAGAGAGACAAAUAUUGCAGCUAAAUGAAUUACGACAACGAUUCGAGGACGAAGCUUACCACCGUUUUCAUACGCAGUACGUCACUUCUCGCGUCCUUGAGCACGAGAAAAUGAAUCGUGAUGAAUAUGGAUUACCAGAGGACAACGAAGAGGACCAAGAACAACGAACAAUUAUCAAAAGGAAAAAAGUAGUACCAAAAUCCCUCAUUACAGAAGACAUGAUUCAGGAUAUUUACAAGAAGAAAUUCAAUAAAAUUUUCGAUGUUAAUAAAGGUAAAGGUCUGGGCAGACGACCGAAAACACCAAAAAUGGAAGGAAUCGAUACAGUUGUACUAGAAGAGACGGACAAAAAAGAUGUUGAGAGACAACCUACACGUAUACAGGGUUCUGGAAAUACAAAGGAGAGGAAGAGAAUGGUCAAAGAAGUUAUUAAAGCAGCCGAAAAACAACUGGAAGUUAAUAAAAAAGAGCAAAGAAAACUUUCGACUGUAGCCAAAAAAGAAGAAUCACACACUCCUUCUAUGAAGGACCUUGACCUUGACGAUGACAGUGAUGAUGACGAUAUGGAUGACAUUUUCGAGAAAGCCAGGAGAAAAUAUGACUUAGAUGUUGAUGAUUAGAUGCCAUAGUUAUUCACCUUAAAUUAUUUUCUUACCAGUAUAUAUAUUUAUCAUAAUGAGACUGUAACUCGGAAUGUGCAUGCAUUGAGUCGUUUAGAAAUUAGAUACCAGCUGUAUUUGAAUGGUGUAUCACAUAACUAAAAUAAAGUAAGAUCAUUGUAGGAAGUGAUAUCUUUUUCUCCAAAAA